CGAUAGCUCACUUCCAUGAUCACUAUCAUGUGGGAACUCCCCACCCAAAGAACCAAAAUGACCUAAUAAAAUUCGAGCUCUACCCUUCAAAAUUGAAAAAAAUCCCAAUUCAAAUCAAAUCACAAACCUCAAAACCCGAACUUGAUUAAAAAAAUCUCAAAUUCAAUGGCUCAAAACCGAAGACCCAAAAGUGUUCUUGAUUCUUUAGGUGAAGAACUAGUCAGAAUCAUCACACCAGUCUCAAUCUGCAUGUUCCUGGUGGUGGUUCUGGUUUCAAUUCUCAAUACGGACUCCUCCUCUUCAGCUUCAUCAAUUAACACCAUAGCUACCAUAGCUUACAAUGAGACAACAUCUGACUCCUUUUGGGACAAAUUCAAAGGUGCCCUUAUCAACUCCCUUAUCUUUGUGGCUAUAAUCACUCUUGUUACUUUUGUUUUGGUGAUUCUCUUUUACCUCAGAUGCACUCAUUUCUUGAAACUCUACAUGGGUUUCUCUUCCUUUUUAGUUCUGGGAUUUAUGGGUGGUGAGAUUGCUUUGUUUCUUAUCGGAGAUUUUAAUAUUCCCAUUGAUUCUAUCACUUUUCUUGUGAUUUUGUUCAACUUUGCUUCUGUGGGUGUUUUGGCCGUGUUCAUGUCAAAAAUGGCUAUAUUUGUGACACAAGGGUAUUUGGUUGUUAUUGGGGUUUUAGUUGCUUAUUGGUUUACUCUUUUGCCUGAAUGGACUACUUGGGUACUAUUGGUUGCCUUGGCAUUGUAUGAUCUUGCUGCUGUUUUAUUGCCUGUUGGUCCAUUAAGGAUCCUGGUAGAGCUUGCAAUCUCUAGGGAUGAAGAUAUCCCUGCGUUAGUUUAUGAAGCUCGGCCCGUGACUAAUCAUGAUUCAGGCUCAAGGGAUGGUGUGGUUCGAAGGAGGGUAUGGAGAGAAAGGAGCAGUGUUGGAAAUGGUUCUGAUGAGAAUUUGAAUUCUGAGACUAAUUCUAAUCUCAGUUUGGAUUCUGAGUCUGUUGUCGAUUCUAACUUGACUCGUGGCACAGUUAAUUCAAUUGGUAGUGACCACAAUGACAGAAUAUUGAUUGGAGCUGAACAAGGGCAAGUUUUGGAAAGGGAGGCUGAGCUUUCUGCACCAUUAAUUGAUCGUAGGACGAGCGUUCAGUUGCACGGACAGGAAAACUCUGCAUCCAGGGAGAAUUUGCUGCUAGAAGGUAUUGGGUUGGGGUCAACUGGUGCUAUCAAACUGGGGCUGGGGGACUUUAUCUUUUACAGCGUCUUAGUUGGGAGAGCAGCUAUGUAUGACUUUAUGACUGUAUAUGCAUGCUAUCUUGCUAUUAUAGCAGGUCUGGGAGUUACUCUGAUGCUAUUGGCGUUUUAUCAGAAAGCUUUGCCAGCUCUUCCGGUGUCAAUUGCACUAGGCGUGUUGUUUUAUUUCUUGACUCGGCUAUUACUUGAAGUUUUUGUUGUACAAUGUUCUUUGAACCUUGUAAUGUUUUAGCAAUAUAAUUAAGUUAUUGAAGUUUGAUACUUCAUCAUAGAAAAUACAUUAUUUGGAACUC